UAAUGCACCUCGCGGGCGAGGAAAUAUUCCGUCAUUGCCAACAUGGCGGAUUAGCUUCUGGUGUUCUGUCAGGAUCCUUUCCCUCGUCGAUUAAUGGCUAUUUAUUCCUCACUGACGAAACUAUAGUCGGCAGGUCCCGAUGUUUCGCCGCUCGAGGUUUAGUGUUCGUCCCAAUGUGGGCGGGGUCGGGAGGACGGCGGCUUCGUCGCAAGAAGCCGCACCGUCAAGUCAGGAGGCCAAAGGGGCUCCUCCGAAAGAUGUCGAGGAGAGCGUGGCAGCCUCCACGGUGACUGACAGCAAACCCAUUGAUGCGCCUGAGGCUAAAGCUACCACCGUGAGUGAUGGAAACGAUCCAAGUGGGGAUGGCACCAGCUCCUCAGCGGCUGUCCAGAGGAGGAAACGCUUCUCUGCCAAGCCCAGAGUGGCCCCGGGUCGCCUCGCUGCCAUCACUCGAACGGCAAAGUCCACUGCCAAGGUGGACUCUAAAAGUCCCCCGAAAGAUUCAGAACUUGAGCCACAAUUUGAAACUCAAGCGGCACAGUCCGGGGCUCCGACGCCGCCUGAGCCCGAACCUGAGCCUGAACCAAUCGUCGCCUUUUCUGGCGAUUCAGAACAAGCAGCUGCCAUCUCUGCUGACCACUCUCCAAAAGGAAUAAAAAAAACAGACAAGGCUUUGGUUCCGUCAGACGAUGAGGUCAUCAAAGUUCCCCCCAGGCCACCGGAUAAAGAAGCGACGGCAGUGUCGGAAAAAGCCAAGACCCUCCUGUCGACAAAGAGCGACAAGUCGUUGAUUCCCCGAUUCUCCCUGAGUCGACUUUUGAACGACCCGUCGGACAUUCAAAGGAUGGAAAAAGCUCUCAAACUCCGCAAAAUGCUCAGACAGGAGAUGCGGAAAGAAAAGCGUGUACAGAAAGCAAAGAGGAAGAAUGACAAUGAAUACACUUUGGAUCCCUCCAAAAUGACCAUGAGGGAUCUCAUCCGCUACCUGCCAUCGUCCAACCCUAUGUCCUACAGUUUAGAGGACGACGCUCAGGGCAACAAGACUACGGUUUCCCCAAGCAAAGAGAAAUCGACAGAAAGAGUGCAGAAAUUGAACCCGGAAGUUGUCCCGGAGACGAGAAGACAGGCGGAGGAGGAAGAGCCAGCAGCAGCAGAGGAGGAGGAAGAAGAUGAUGCAACGAUGAUGCCGCGGGUCAAAGUGGCCGAAGACGGCACUCUGAUCCUGGAUGAGGAGAGCUUGACAGUGGAGGUCAAGCGAACCAAAGGACCGAACCCGGCGGAGGGGCGUGACCCCAUUUUCGAGCGCGGCUCCACCACCACCUACUCCAGUUUCAGGCCGUCCGCCUACUGCAAGCCUUGGACCAGCGAAGAGACAGACAUGUUCUUCCUAGCGAUCAGCAUGGUGGGAACCGACUUCUCCAUGAUCGGCCAGCUUUUUCACAACAGAACCCGGGCGGAGAUACGGAACAAAUUCAAAAAAGAGGAGCGACAGAACUCGUGGAGAAUCGACAAAGCUUUCCGAGAGCGACGCAAGCUGGACAUCGAGUAUUUCACGAAGCUGCUGGAGAAGAUUCUAGAAGUCCAAGCCAACAGGAAGAAGCUCAAGUCGCUGGUGAGGAAGAACUCACAGAGGAGCUCAAAGGUUGCAAAGAGCAAAGAGUUUCUGGACGAUCUCCUCGACAGCGAGGAGGAGGAAGACGAGGAGGAGGAGAUUGAUGAUAUCUCGAACUCGGAGGCGGAGGACGGAGAGAAAGAGAACGACGAGGAUGGAAAGGUCCUCGCCUCCAAGGCCGGGAGGAAACGCAAACGGAAGACUGCGGAGGGCGUCUCGGAGCUAAAGAGCAAAAGCAAAGCGGGUGAAAAGAACAACGGAGAAGACGAUGCCUGCACACCUGUAGAUGCACAGGCAGCCCUUCCUGAGGAUCAACCCGAUUCACAAGUGUGUGAAAUUACGGACAAAUCGGCCGAGUGCACGACGAUUAAACCCGCCAAACUCUCACGAGGCGGCGCGGCCAAACCACUCCUGCCCCUCGGCCGAAAGUGGAGUAAGAAGCUCCCACCCGGUCCGACCGCCGCAAAGGCAGAUGACGACGUGUCGGCGAUAAAGGACGGCGGUGUGGCGGACGAAGCCUCGAAUGAGCAGAUGAACAAAGAGACGCCACCUGAAGGAGUCGAUGAGAAGGAGAACGGUGAUGAUGAUGAUGGCGGUGUUUCCUCUGGUGAUGAAGAUUACACCGCUAAACCUGCAAAACCCACUCGGUACGGGAGAGUCCCCAAGCCUCCCAGCCUCUUAAAUUACCCCGUCAAAGAAGAAGGGUCCGCCUCGAAACCUGAGCGAAAGCGCACCCCCAAGAGGUCCAGAUCUGCAACGACGCCCUCCACCGCCCCGUCGUCCAAAAAGUCCAAACUUAUUACCCUGCGAGCAUCCCAGUCUGAAUCCAGCGAGGAUGAAGACGAGCAGCGCCAGCAGAGAGAUGAAGAAGAAGCCUUUGUGCCCGCCUGCCUUCGCUCCCCCUUGGUUGUCGUCCCACAGGUGGACGAGACAAUGGAGGAGCUUGAUAUCUUGGGCAACAUGUCUGAUGUGUUGGACAUUUCCCAAGAGGGACUCUACCCCAAUUCCCUCUGUGAGGGGGACAAAAGUGAGACAGGGCCACCUGAACCGUGCGUGCAUCAGUUGGACCUCCUGGUUGACGUUAUUGACUUAAUGUCUCCCGAACACACCCAAGUGUCCGAGGUGGAGAGCUACAACGAGGCUGCUCGGACCUUGCUGGCCAUCGGCAACGUGUCUCACCCCUCUCGGUCGGAGACGCCGCCUGACCAGACAACAAAGACCGAAUCGGAGAGCGUGAACGAGACCGACAAACUCCUGGAGGAAGAGAUUGCGGAAUUCAUCGAGGAAAACAGCUCCAGCCAAAUUCCAUUUUCAUUAACAGACGACGGAGUCGGUCGGACGACGGAGACUCCCACCUUAGAGCCCACAGAACCUUCACCUCUGACUCCAAAUGCCGAAAGCGUGCAGAAUUACUCGGCUGCAGUCGCAGAACCACAACCCGAAGAGUCAAACACACCUUUGCUACAAGAAAGUGGAGAUUGUAACACUGCCAGUCAAGAAGCACUUAAAUCUCAGAAAGCGACCAGGAGUCGGUUCCCAAAGGUCAAGCCAAAACCAAACCUUUCACAAAUAACCAGAAGUACACAGCCUAAACCUCAGACUGCGAAAGAAACUCGCCCGUCGCCAGAUCUGGAAGCCACUUUGAAAUCAACAGCUGAAGUCGAACCACGGCCAGCAUCUUUAGAGACACCAGAAUCGCCUUCUAGUGAGACCACGGUCAACGUAUCAAGUGACGCAAAGUCCGCAGAAGCUGAUGCCCUUGAAAGAGGUCCCAAUUCUGAAGCAGCUCUUGAAGUCCAAGCCGAAGCCUCAAAGACAGCUUUGCUCCUAGAAGGUGGACCAGUUGACACUGCCAUGCGGGAAGAAUCAAAAAGUCAGAAACCAGAGGAACCGACUCACAGUGAGAAGGAAAUAUCCGGACUUACCACAAACGAGACAAAGUCCAAAGAUUCUGACGCAGUUGAAAGUGGUCGGAAUAAUGACCAGGAGGCAUCUAAAGCUGCUGUCGCCCAACCCCAGGCCGAAGAAUCAAAUAAAUCUUCGGACCAAAACGACAGCACCAUGCAAGAGUUACCCGAAAGUCUGAACCCGAGCAAAGUUGUUUCCAGAAGAAGUCGAUUCGCAAAGGUCAAACCAAACCUGCAGAUAUCCAGAAGCUUGCCGUCUAAAUCUCAAAGCACAAAAGAACCAAGCACAUUGUCGGAUCUCGAAUCCACUCGCAAAGCAACAGCUGAAGUCAAAGCACCUCCGACUUGUUCCUCCGCGCAAGAACCAGGCCACGGUGUCUAUUCUUCACCCAAAGUCCGACCCAACUCGGCGUCCGCCGCUCGGUCAAAGGAUGGACUGGAUGAAGCCUCCAAUGUAACCUCAGACUGUCAAACAGUGGAAAUGUCCACGUUGUCCAUUAUUGAAGCUCAAACUGGUGAAAAUCCAGCAGUGGGCCAGGAAACAACGGCAAACAUCUCUCCUCAGCAGGACACGAUGACGGCGACUUCUUUAAAUUCCACAGCUGACAGCCUCCCGUUAAACAUCACAAAGCCAGAUUCAGGCCGGGAGAGUUCUGGAACUUCUGAAGCAAAUCCAGUGAGCGGAGAAUCUCAAGCCCCCAAAUGCACCGACGAGACUUUGUUGCCCAAAACCUCCGCGAUGAGACGAAGCAGGCUCGUUAAACCCAAGCCCAACGUCGGGCGCGGCGCUCGGCAGUCCCGACAAGCGGCGGUCAAAACAGGAGCAGGGCAAGCGACUGUCUUGUCGAAGCCACUAGAGGGCGCUGACAAUCAAGUUCAGGCUGCCUGCGCUACAUCAGAGAGUUUGGCACCAGCCCAGGAUGAUUCGGCGUCAAGCACCGGAGCAAACCAAGCAUCUGCAAGUCUUACAGUAUUCCCAGACACGCUGCCACAGGCGUCAGACACGGACGAGCCCUUCUUCAUACUGUCCCUGACGGAAGUCCCGCUGGAUGAAUCUCCUCAUCGGCCCCCCCGGGCGGAACCAUCAGCGCAGCACAGCCAUGCUGAGGAGAGUGCGGUUGCAGGGCCGAGCCGUUCCCCACCUAGCGUCCUUUGUGAGGAGAUGGCUGUCGCCACGAGUGAAGUCACAGAACAUCCAGGGCCACUUGCAGGAAGUGAAGACACGACCACCUCAGCUGUUACAAGUUCUCCGCAAAGGGGACCCAAAGGCCUCCUCUCCUUCCUGACGACGACAAGCAGCGCUGCCCGGUCCGAGUCACGUCGAGGCAGAGUGGCUUCGCGCCGACCGAACGUUAGUAAAAGUAUGCCCAGAAAGCGGGCGGCGGCCUCCCAACCGGAGACGACACAAAUCAAAGCGGAGCCCGAGUCAUUAACAAUGGCAUCGCAAGCAUCAGCUAGUCCCUCGCUGGCUUCAACUGAGGUUUCGUCGUGUCGUCACGGCGACGGCGUGGCAGUCCAAGAGGAGCCCACCGACGUGUCCCAGUACUUCCUAAGUGACAUUUUCACCGAAGUGAACGAAACGUGACACGCACUCAUUUACCUUCCGUUACCUUUCGUUUCCAACAUGCACUUCUC